AUGAACACACGACGCAGUCGUGCUCCAAUAUACAUAUCUUUCUCACCAAGAGCUUCCCUCGAGAAUUCCUCGCACUCUACUGUUGACGGUAUUCUCAAAGAUCUAAAGGCAUAUGCACGUCGACUGCAAGCCGCUCUGGCUACAUACCAGGAUGAAAUGCAGGUACUUGAAAGACUUUACUACAGAAGCAAAAACCAGCACCGAGUAGCUUUGUUCUUCAAACGUGUCUCAGAGAUCAGACGUUAUGGUUGGCGGCUGCUAGAAGCAAAUAUGCCCGAGGAUGUGCACCUCCUCAGAGCAUCGUUCUAUGGUGCUUCCGUUAUUCAGAGCGAAAAAUUGAUGAGAGGACCUUGGAAUCAUGUCCCAAGUCGGUCAUGCACAUCUUUCAUCACCGAGAGAUUUAAGGAGUAUUCUGUCCUUAUCCUCAAAACGUCUGAGCGAGUUCGAGAAGCUUAUCACCAUUUUGCCCUUGCAAUGCAGUCUGGUUCAUUCAUUCAGCUUAUUGUACUAUUCGCUGGACUUUCUUCGAGAAUGGCGACUUUGUUGACUGAACUGGGUGAUUGUGUCCAAGGCUGCGAGUCUGCUUGUGAUCGAGUGCUGACUCCGGCCCACAAAGCGAGUUUCAUAGCCGAAUCGAGGACUUCCAAGGCUGUGGAAUGUUUGGCUCAGCAGAGUGACAAGCCGACUCCUGCCAUUGGUCCAGAUGUUCCUUCGGAGGAUGUUGGUUCCGCUGUUUCUAGAGCGGCGACGGUUGACGUACCGUCAGUCGAUGCUGAGGCCGUUAUGGAAAACGCUGUGAACAUAAACUUCGAUCCCUUACAAGCCGCGGUCGGUAUGUCGCCAUCCCCCUCACCGCUUGCCUCCAACAGCGUAUCUAAUGAGUCGGAACUGUCAGUGGUAGAAAAAGUCACCGUUACUGCAUUGUCCACUCAAAAAGACAGGAUUGCGACAAAACGGAAGAUAUCUUCCACUCCUGCCGACCAAAGGCGAUCGAAGAAGGUCAAGGAGAAACGAAACGAGAUAGACGAUAUCUUCGGUUUUUAG